GGUAUGAGAACAACACCAUUCAAAUGGGGUUUCUCAUACUUAACCUGACUGCUACGUAAAGCGUAAGCUUCCAAAACCAAACAAAGCGAUUGCCUCUAAUUUGUAUCCAUGUUUCCAUGCGUCUGCACUUGAGAAGCCAAGUUUUCUGUGUACCGCGUGCUUGGCGUAAUGGAAAACUAUCCUCAAAUUGAACCAGUAAAGAUUGCUCAAAAUGAAUAUACUGGAAUAUUUCUGAACAGUUCCACAGAUGACUCAGGGAGUCGAGAUGAGCCUCAAAAUAAUCCUCACGCAGUUCAAGUAUCAUCGGUUGAUGAAGACGACAAUGAGUUAGAAGAAGAGUGUCAUCACCUUUGUGAGGAAAUUGAAAUUCUUCAAACAAAUCACCAUGUCAACUUGUAUGAUAGGCAUGUGUUUAAAACGACUUUAUCAUCUGGUGUGAUAGGGUGUCGGCCUCAUAAUCACUCUUUAUGUAGUUUUGUAAUUGAAGAUGCAAUUUUACUAAACUCUUCUUAUGCCCACGUUGUAGAAAGAAGUUUGGUGUUUUCCCAAUGGCAGAAGGGAACAAUCAGUAUUAAAAUAGGGAGUAGCAGUACAGAACUAGAUCGAGCAUUAGAAAUUGCUCUUCUUGAUAUGUAUGUAGCAGAAAGAAGUGAAAUAAUUUUGUCUGCUUCCAAUAGAAGUAGAAAGAUUAGAGAUCAAGCUGUUUUACCUGAACCUUGUAUUAAGUGUAUAGUUGUUUUACAAUCCGCAACUAGUUCACGUUUGACAAAUCUAAAUAUUGAAGAAGACUCUUCUUUAGCCUGUCUGAGUGCCAAUGAAGAGGACAAAUAUGAAACUGCACUAGCUGAAAAAAAUUGUGGAGUUGCUCUUUUUAAGAAAAAGCAAUUUGUGGAUGCUUUUCAUAGAUUUUCUGCUGGUGCUAAAAUACUGAUGACUUUGGACUCUUUCAUCCUUGAUGGCGUGGAAAUAAAUAAAGAGAUAUCAACACUCUACUCAACACUGUGUAGCAAUAUGGCAGAAUGCCAACUGAAGGAAAAUAAUCCUUCUCAUGCAAUAAUUUUGUGCAAGAAGUCUCUGGAUCAUGAUCCUCGUAAUGUAAAGGCAUUGUAUCGGCAGGCCGUUGCUUCUUGGUCAUUGGGAGAUGUUGAACAAGCUGAUUCACUACUUAUAAAACUUCUAGAAUUUGAUUCAAGAAAUCUUGCAGCAAAACGACUUCACAAAGAAGUCAAAGAUAAACUUAAAAGUUAUGAUGACGAAUAUUCCAGAAUGAUGAGACGCAUAUUUGGAAAUAAUAGGUGAUCUCUACCAUUAAUUGCUAUAGUUAGAGGUGGGCGCUACUCUGUGGCUUUAAAAUUCCUUGGUAAAAUAUAGAUGUGAGCUGCAGGCAGCAAAGGAAUAAAAAUAUUUACUCUAAUCCUCUA